AUGGCAGUCGUGCGAAAGGGUUCCAAAGAUCCCGAAUCAGGGAAACUAAAACAAUGGCUGGAAAUAUGGGAUCAGACUUCGAAAGUGAAGUCCAUUGACAUCAAUGCAAUGGACGAACACUCGGCGUUGGUAUUGGAGCCCACCUUCGGUCGGAUCCAGUGGUCACCAAAUGGCAAACAACUACUAUAUGUCGCCGAUUAUAAGCCACCGAAGGCUCAGUCAUACUAUAAGAAAGUAUCGAAAAAGUCCGAUAACUCGGUCAAAGAGUCGGACACAAGGGGUCAGGAGUUUGUGUACAGAGAGGAUUGGGGCGAAUGCUUCGAUGGUAUCACUCAUACAGUGAUUGCUGUUCUCGAUGUCGAAAAUGACUUUAAGAUACGUACCAUUGAAAUGCCCGGCUAUUCAUUGGGUCAGCCCUUCUGGACGGACAGUACGGGGAAUACCAUUGGAUUCGUGGGUUUUGUUGAAGAGCCCCGACGUUUAGGAUUAGUAUUCUGUAUGAAUCGCAAGAGUUCUGUAUUCACAGUCGAUUUGAGAGCUGAAAAGUCUGUGCCGGUGAUGGUGUGCGGGUCAGAGCCCACACACAUCUCUAGUCCCCGUCCACUACCCGAUGGAACAGGUUUUGUGUAUUUGGAGGACAGUUGGGGCGGUCCUCACGGGAAAGCCAGACAUCUAAUGCGCUAUAACUUUGAGUCCAAGACAUCUGAAGUUGUUGUGGACAGCAAUGGCCGCCGAGAGAUAAUAGACACCACAGAAGGUCCCAGAUAUGGGAAGGUGUGUACUAUUUUCACUCCUAUUUCUGGGGUUGAGUUACUGGACAACCCAUUCACUACUUCGGGAAAGUAUUUGGUGAUCAAUAGUUUCACUGAACUCGAGUUCAAAAUAUGUUUGGUUGAGCUAAAGACCGGUCGAUUGAUUCCCAUUGAGUUCCCGAGACCUUCGGCUUCAAUCCUGGACUUCAAAGACAACGUUCUGGUUGUCAGCGGUUCCGCUAUUGACCAGAAGCCCAACGUCUUCAUCGGUAAACUCAAUGAUAAUGACGUGGAGUCACCGGUAGAGUGGGUGGAAGUGGAGACCAAUUCAAAGGACUCACUCAAAGACAUAACUGUUGAGAGCUAUUGGAUUCCAAGCGAUGAUCGCACAAAACUGUUGCCAACUAUUCUGGUCAGUCCUAAACAGGUGGCCCAACAGCCGGCGCCCACUAUAGUCAUCCCUCACGGCGGACCCCAUUCUAUAUUACACAACACUUAUGGCAUAUAUCCGGCACUAUUCGCACGAAUCGGUUUAAAGACAUUGAUAGUGAACUACAGGGGAUCGUUAGGUGUGGACGAGGGGUUCGUGAAUGACCUGAUCGGACACGUGGGCGAUAAGGACGUCAAGGAUAUGAUUAAAGCCAUUGAUUACAUGUCCGACAAGAAUCUGGUGGAUCGACAGCAACUGUCACUGUUUGGCGGAUCUCAUGGCGGAUUUAUGGUGACACACCUGUCCGGACAGUACGCCCACUGGGACUGGAAGGCCUGCGUAACCCGUAACCCCGUUGUGAACUUAGCGACCAAAAUGGACGGCACCGACAUUCCCGACUGGGGUUACGUCGAGGCAUUUGGAAAACCCGAUGUCUUUGCGUUCGACAAAGUGUUGGAUCCGAUGACAGCGGAGGUGAUGAUCAAGAAGUCGCCCACGAAUUGGAUACACAACGUAAAGGUACCGACGCUUAUGAUGUUGGGGCGAAAGGAUCGUCGGGUGCCUAUGACUCAGGGCUUGAGUUACUAUCGGGUGCUGAAGGCCAGGGGUGUGAAGACUGAGUGCCACGUUUACGACGAUAAGCACGACCUCCAGAAAGUGGACGUCGACGGAGACGUUGCAAUCAAUGCCUGUCUUUGGAUUCUCCAUCAUUUGAAAUUAAUGGCCCCGAAGUCGACGUAUUCGACAGAAUCGUUGCUAUUAGUGAUCAUUAUAUUGUUAUUACUAUUACUGGCGGACGUGUUGAUGGAAUCGCCGCUUAUAUUGCUGUUGAUAUGUCCAUCGGUGGUAGACUUGAAGUACGUUUUGGGGGCCGCUUUGUGGUGA